AUGCUCCUCGCCGGCGUCGGCGCUGGCCGUUGGCUGUCGCCACCUCUCUUCUCCUCUCCUCCUCACGACGUUGGCGACGACUACCUCUCCUCUCCUUCUCCUCCUCGCGACGUUGCCGCCGGAUCACCAGACAGACCGGCCAUUGCUCCUCUAUCCCUCCCUACUCGCCGGUAUAAACCUCCGGCCGCUCUUCUCCUCUACCUCAUCUCCUCCCCCCUCCCUUCGGCGCUAACGCCGCGUGGAGCCUCGUCGUCGCCUCUGGCAGUUGUCGCUGUCGCUUCUUGCGGCCACCAUUGCUACCACCAGUGCACGCCGUCACCGCCACCGCCUCCUGCGACCAUCGCUGCCGGCAGCCGCCGCCUCCAGCGGGUGUCGCCGCCGACAGUCGUUGCUGCCUCCUCCCGCGGCUACAGCCACCACCUCCAGCGGGUGUCACUUCCGGCAACCGCCAUCGCCUCCUCCCACGGCCAUAGCCGCCAUCUCCCGUGGACGCCGUCACCCUCCGUGCAUUACUUGUAUCCUCCGGCUUGCAAGCCACUAUCAUAUCUGGCCUGCGUGUCAUGUACCGGCCUACGAGCAGUUAUCAUUUCGGACCUACACACCGUCCUUUUGGAUCUCUGUUGCACUGGAUUCCAUGUCGUUGCUCUCAGAUCCGGCUCCUCAGCUGGCUCACACCCAUCUACUCGUCCGGACCGCUACGACUCGAUCAGUACCGUGACCAGCUCAUCAACUCAUCCGAGGGCGCCCCCGGGGGCAGGGGACCGGGGCAACCCGAUCGUUGACUGCAGUCUCCGCUCGAGAAAAGAGCGAGCGGCCGACUCCCGAAUCCGCAUCGCGGUCGCCGGAAUCCAGAUGUCGACGCGGCUCAAGGAGAGAGGAGGUGGAGACGGGACGAAGAUCACCGUGCCGGAGCCCCGCGGAGAGGUCGCCGUCCGGUUCCCCGUCGCCGCCGUCAAGAACUCUUCUAUUCCGGACUCCUUCGCUGGGGCGCGCUGCUCCACCUCGUAUUUGGCUAGCGGUAAGGCCUCCGAUCUGGUUUCUGACCUCUGCAGAGGCCGACUGCUCUAUAGGGUUUCCACGUCCGAGCAACUAGAAAGAGUGCCGGGGAGGGAUCUGGAAGAAGAGGCCGAAGGUUGUAGUAGCGUUGGCGGGAUUCGGGUUUCCGACAGGUUUCUGCUAGGGAAGGGGCUUUAUGAUCAGGGUUUUAAGAAUAGGAUUAGCGUCUCGCGGCUUCAGAACCGUAAACAUAAAUGGGUCGUAGGCUUGCAGGAGGUGAACAAAGAUAUCAGUUCUUUGGGUUUGAUCACAGAGAUUCUAAGUCGCCGGAUUGGGCGCAGUGAAGAAUCAGAGGUACGCUCGGGCAAAGAAAUGGUUGCAUUGGAUCCCAUGGCAGUAAUUGAUGGUGGUCCUAAUGCAAAGAGAUUUUCUAACUCCGAAAAACAGAAGAAUGGAGCUCUAUUGCCGUCAAAGAAACCAAGAAGUUUGAACGAAAGUGUGCCACCAGAAACUAGUAUAAAUAAAGUCUUUCUGGCUUCGAGUUUAAAAUCUACUGGUAGAGAAGCGUCAAAAGGUCCUCCCGAUCAAAAUGGAUUGAUGGAUGCAUGGUAUGGAGCAUCUAGUCCAAAACCUUCGAACCAAAUUGAUGAAUUCGUCACACAUGUUCCAUCGAAUGACAUAAAGAAAGAUUGUUUAAUUUUGCAAUUGGAGACUUCAAAAGAGGAUGGACUUGACGUUAAGAUUAAGGGCAUUCCUGAGAAGGCGUGUGUUGAUUCAGUCACAAAAUUUGAGGCUGAUAUUGGUGUUUUUAAGAAGGCAAAUGAUGGUGUUAAAGGUCUUCAUGUUGUUUCUAAGUACCCCAGUAAGCUGCAUGAGAAGCUGUCAGUGUUGGAAGAGAGAGUUCAAAAUAUAACAUCUGAAAUCUCGUGGUCUAAGGAAAUCUUGGAUAGCAACAAACCAAAUGAUGUGAAGCUGAUUCUGUCAGACAUCCAGAGCCAAAUAUGUGGAAUUGAGAAAGUCGUUGCUAAUGUAUAUGGUGAUACCACAACUCAAUUGGGUUUCACUGAGGUUGUCCAAGCUAAUGGCCUGGGAAAAAAUGACGAGAUAUCAGGUGACACUGAACAAACAAAUGGACCAAUUUAUUCUGUUAAAGAAUUGAAUUAUGAUUUGGUAGAAGCAAAAAAUUUGCCUCAUUAUAAGUUACUACGAAACAGGAAAGCAUCUGGCAUUUUGGGAGGUCGUAGCUCAGGUCAUAAUGAUUUAGAGCAAGAUGAGCCUCGUCAGCGCACAGUGAAUUUAGCAUCUAAGGAUGUGUCAUUACAAGCAUCUGGGUCUGACAAAAACUCAUCAUCAGCUGAACAUGUUUCAAAGAAGAUGGUUAGUGAACUUUCCAAGGGGGAAAUUGAACUCACAUCAGAUGAAAUACUGGAGGAAUUUGAUAGCACAGAGAAAAAACCUUCAGCUAUGUUGCAUGAACAAACUGAGGAACGUCAAAAAGAACUGUUAUGUGAGAUAGGACAAAAACCCUCGACUUGUGGAUGGUUUGUUUCUGAAGGAGGUGUUCUUCUUGCUCACCAUGAUGGAUCCUGUUCGUACUAUGACAUAGUCAACUACGAGUUCAAGGCUGAAUACAAACCACCAUCACGAGUGUCAGAAAAUUUGUGGGGCGAUUGUUGGUUAAUCCUCGCACCAGGUGUAGACGGAUUGCCAGGAAAAUAUGUGGUCGCAGCAUCAGCUGGGAAUGCUUCAGAAUCUGGAUUUUGUUCAUGGGAUUAUUACACACGAGAUGUUAAAGCAUUUUGUAUUGGAGAACUGACUGACAAUUAUCCAUCACAAAUCUCAUCUAGGAUUACUCCUGGUUCAACAAGUAAUAUGGGCUCAAGGCAGAGUAAUUCAUGUGGGAUGAUUGUUGGACCACAACAGUGGUGGUGCAAGCCUUGUGGCCCACUCUUAAUCUCCGUUGCUAGUGGGCAAAAAAUUGCCAGUGCCUAUGAUAUUCGUGAUGGGGACUUAGUAAUGAAGUGGGAGACUAGUAGUCCUGUGAUUGGGAUGGACUACUCAAGCCCUCUACAAUGGCGAAGUAAAGGAAAGGUUAUCAUAGCAGGAACUGAAGCCAUUAGUCUUUGGGAUGUUAAUGCUGUUAACCCACAGCCUUUAUUGUCUAUUUCUUGUGCUGGGAAACAGAUAUACUCCCUUCAUGUAAACAACACUGAUUCUGAGAUCAGUGUUGGUGUUCGGCGAAGAGUGAGUUAUUCUGAGGUGGAGGGUAAUGAUGGUGUCUUCUGCUGUCAAGAGAGUAUUAACGUGCUUGAUUUUCGCAUUCCAUUUGGUGUUGGUAUGAAAGUAUCUAACCAUGGUGGCAUAGGAUAUUCAGUCUUUUCUCGUGGGGACUCCAUAUAUGUUGGAAGCACUGGACAAAGAUUGUGCAAUAAAGGUUGCCCACAAUCACAAGUGCAACAUUACUCUUUGCGCAAAGGAAAGCUUAUUACAUCAUAUCAACUACCAGAAUUCAAUUCUAAGUUUCUCCAUUCCUCAUUAACUCAAACGUGGGGAAAUGCCAACAAUGUGAUGGGCAUCGGUGAGAUGGGACUUUUUGUCUUUGAUGCUUUGCAGGAUGAAAAAUCUCAAGCCUUUUGCUCUGAUCAUGGGAAUAUAGUUUAUGCGAAGGAAACAAUCUGCCCUGUCGAUUUGUACUUUCGCCCUACGUUUGAUUAUUCUGGAUCAAGAAUUCUUGUCAUAUCAAGAGACCGUCCUGCUUCUUGGAGGGACACUUGGCCCGAUCAGUAUAGUGAAAAAGAGAGAGAGAGAGAGAGAAGAUACCAAGAGUAUCUCCAGCGGCAAAGCUCUUGCCCCUCGCCCAAUUAUCAUAGGACAAUGAGAAACCCCAGCCCUGUGAUUCUCCAACAUCAUGAGUGGCAGCAAAAGAGUGCCUGGGUGAACAUAAAAGUAACAGUAAGGAUAGUAGCAGGGCUGCAUAGCAACUGCCUCUUCCCAUGGCCAUAUUCUCUGAGACAGCUACUUGGUGUGUACCUGACUUAGCUGAUACACUCACUGCCUUCAGGCUGAUGCAUUUAUAGAAG